GUUUAUUUUCUGAAAUUAUACAAUAUAUUAAUAUAAUUUUAUUCAGUUCAGAGUAGUUCCAUUAAAAUACUACCAAUCAAAUAUUCGUCAUGCCUGUUUUGGUGGAUCAAGCUGACGAAACGCGACAGUUUCUGAAAAGUCGUCUGCAAACUGAUGUAAUUAACUUCCGCGGGUACGAGUCUGAGUGGCAGCAUAUCCGUGAUUUACUGUUCCGGACGGCGGAACAUGGUGAAUCUAACAGUGCCUUACUCUUGGGACCGCGAGGCUGUGGCAAAACAACGCUUGUAACAUCGGUGUUGGCAGAUUUGCUUCCGGAUGAGAUCUUUUACAGAAAUACAUUGAUUGUGUACCUCAACGGAUUACUCCAUACCGAUGACCGGUUGGCCUUGAAGUCAGCGACGGCUCAAAUGAAUCUGGAGAAUGCUGUUAAUGGGAAAGUGUUCGGAUCGUUUGCGGAGAAUCUAGCAUUUCUCCUGGAAUGUCUUAAGGCAGGUGAUCGAAAGAAGUCCAAAAGCGUGGUAUUCAUUCUGGAAGAGUUUGACUUAUUUUGCUCGCAUCAUAAUCAAACAUUGCUGUAUAAUUUGUUCGAUGUUGCACAGUCCGCUCAGGCACCAAUUUGUGUACUAGGAAUAACUGCUCGAAUGGACGUUAUUGAACUACUAGAGAAACGUGUCAAGUCAAGGUUUUCCCAUCGGCAAAUAUUUAUUCUUCCUAGGGAAAAUGAUUUCAAAAGCAGGAUUGAGCUAUUUAAACUGCUACUUUCGUUACCUACAGAAAAGGAACUUAAAGAAUACAAGAAGCUAUACAAACCGAUACCAUUAGAAGCGCUUCAGAAUCAUGAGCUGCCGCUGCUGCGUCGAGUUUUCAAUCCAACAGAAUAUUCAUUCGAGUCAAAAUGGAUCUCCAAGUGGAAUAAACACGUGGACGGAUUGGCUGCUAAUUCGAAAGUAGUCUCCGUUCUGCAAAAUAUGUACGAAUAUGAUGUGAUGGAAGCAACCUUCAAGACAUUUUUAUUCGAGCUGGUGUCCCAAAUAGGUGAAGCAAGCCCAUUACUGACCAUGGAAACGAUAAACCGUCUGGGGUUGCAGUUCGAGUGCGACGACAAAAUUAAUCUCUUAUGCGGACUCUCAGUAUUGGAACAGUGUCUGAUGAUUGCUAUGAAGCACCAUUCGGAAAUCUACGAUCGGGACCCGUUCAACUUUGAAAUGAUAUUGACUCGCUACAACAAGUUUGCUAAUUCCAGCACCACGAUGCAAGGGAUCGAUCGGAGUGUCAUCCUCAAAGCGUACGAGCAUAUAAAAAAUUUGGAACUGAUUGCUCCGGUAAGUGGAUCAACAUCGAAAGUUCAAAAAGAGUAUCAAUUGCAUCGGUUGCUGUUAACAUACGGGCAAAUCAACCAGGCAGUGGGGAAAACGCCAAAUCUACCAACGGAAAUUUGUCAGUGGGCACAAAGUUCGCUAGUGUAAUGAAAAGAGAAUGCUGUUUGAACAAA